UCAAAGUUAAAUAAUAGAAGAAAUAUAUGACUCACAUUAAAUAUGACUAACGAGAUUCAUGAUAAUUAAAAAUUUUUUAAUUUAUAAUUUUGAGGCAAUUUUUAUAUUACACUACUACUGAUCUAUGCGAUCUUUCCGCUAUACACCUGCUAGUAUUAAAAAGUUGUAAUUCGCGUUACAUACUAUAAAUUUUCAAUAUUAAAUUUCGAAACGCAACUCUGUUGUCAUUUUGAAAAAUUCUCCUGUUAGGAUAAAUGGUAACCUGAUGCUAAAGUCAAUAGUUCAUUUUCGUUAUUGGUCACAUUAUUUUUGAUAAUUUGAUAAAGAUAGUCCUACUUUUAUCUAAAAUAAGGUAAUUAUCUAAAAUUCAUUAAUCUUUAAGGUAAUGAUGAAAGUAAUAUACAUUAUAAUAUUUUAGACAAAAAUAAGAUGAAACUCUUUCUUCAUCUAGAUGAUUAUCUAAAUAAUGUUAUAUAGAUAGGAAAACGCUGCUUAUUAUCAUUAAACGAAUUUCUCUAUUUGUGGCCAUGCCCGACUGACACAGAAUCGAAUCUGGAAACCUUUCCCUCAGUGAGGAAAGCACUAUUUGUCGAUGCGCUAGCUCCGUAUAGUGCUCCGAUUUCUGCGCUUCGUCCGCCUUUCGAGCUCGGUCGUCGCCGACGGCGCUCGGACGCCUUCGACGUCCGAGAGCGUCGCGAAAAGCGAGCCGCUUCUCCGUUCAGUUGCACUCAGUCCGCGCAUCCGUUCGUUUCUCUCAUCGUGUAGCAAGGACCGUUCUCCCGGCCGAUACGAACUGAUACAAGUGCGCGACGAGAUAAGCCGCGACGAGCGACUCGUAAUCGUCCGAGUGCAACGUGCGACCUGCAACGUGUCACUCUGAAAUGGAUCGCUUGGCUACCUUCCGAAUUCCUGGGCGUGUUGCGGAUCAUGCGAGUCGUUGAUGUUUCCAAUGAGGUGAACAUAAAAGGUUCAAAGAGACGUGGGAUCAGUUAUCAAGAUGGAAGUUGCGUCUUGCUGGAUCGGCAAUGUCGAGCCCGAAGAAAAUCCCAGACUUCCCUUAAAAUCUUCAAGGAAACUCACCGCAUCGUACCGAAGCCGAGAACGAAACGGCAGGAUGGUGGAGAGGAAGAGAGACAGAGAGAGAAAGGGAAGAAAAGCGUUGCUACAGGCGUCAGGAUAAAGAUACCUCGAGGAACGCACAUUCCAAGGCGGAUUUUCAUCUUUUCAUGCCGUUUCCCGUGUUUGAAGCAAUGCGUGCCCAAAGCCCCUUAUCAUUCUCCUGUCCGGUGUAGAGUUUGCUAGACGACUGGACGGAGAACUGAUAAGGGCCCGAGGGUUACAGAAUCAUCGUGGGACUGGAUACAUUACACACUCUUCGACCUCUAAAUGCCGACAGCACGUGGCAAACCGUUUAUCCUUCAAUUCGAGCUUAUUAUGUAAUGAUGUUUAAUAAGUUAUUACAUAGGCUCGAAAAUUGGGAACCAAAACAAUUUUUUUUUAAUAAUAAUUUUCCAGUUUUUAAUGUAUUUUUGUUUUUUAGUUCCGAAUCCGUUGCCCAAAUUUGGCAAUCAUUUUUAAAUUUUGAGAAAAAUGUCAAAGAGAUCAAAAGCGAAAUCUUCAAAAUCAUAGCCUCUCGUUAUUUAAAUGUGUGGAUAAAUUUAUUUGAUGCAAGACUGAAGAAAAGCAUUAAUUUUAUCAUAAUUAUGUUAGGUAAGUUAUUUAUUAAUAAAAAAAAACUGAAUCUACAUUUUUAUAAGCAAUAUCUUUUUGAUGAAGAAUUUGUUAGAUAUAUAUAAUCUGUAGUGACAAGGAUAAAAUGAAUCACAAUUUUCAAUAGAAUUGUUUUAUUAUAAACGCAAUAAAUAAUAC